AUUCCUCCUGCCUGGCAUCAGGUUCCCGGGGGAAAGGGCGGAGAGUUGGCCACCAACUCUGUAACAUAAGUAAGCAACAGUGAGCAGGAAAGGUCGCGCAGACUGGGAAACUCGUUUUCUUUACCGAAACCUAAGAUAAGAGCCUCGCACUGGCUCUAAUUAGAGCUUCAGUAAAGGGGAGCGGAAGGGCAGGCUGAAGGGAGCCGUGAACCGUGGCGCUGUCGGGAUGAGGCAGGCGCACACGGGCGUAUAUUAGGGGGCCGGACUGUUGCGCUCUUGCUCCAAGUGCAAGUGUGUCUUCCCGGCAGAGGCAGCUGGGACGUCCAAUGGCAGCCAGGCGGACUAGACGGAUGACCGGGCCGGAUCUGAGCAGGACCACCGCGGCCCGGGCUGCUGCUAUAGCCGAGCAGCUGCAGUAUGAGUGCUCCAUCUUACUGGAACUAUAUAGAAAGAAGGAAAGUUUCACUGCAGAUAUUUUGGUGGCCGACGGCCGUCUGGUGUCCGUCCCUCCUCCUUCCUCCCAGCUGGACACCAGGGACAAGCUGUGGCGUCUCCACUCUGCUCUGUUGCAGUGCCGCAGCUUGCUGGAGAAAGCCAUCGCCAAAGAGGAAGAUGAGCUGGGCAGUGGGAUGAAGGCCGAAUAUGAGACCCAGAGGAAGAUGGUGAAGGACAGACUGUCACUCCUCUUAAUCAACACCGGAGAACUCCUCAAAGCUGCUGACGGCACGGCGAUCCUGACUCCCAGCGCGGAGGGAUUAGAGUCAGACGGUCCGACCACUCUGUUUGAUCUGAAGCUUUGGGUGUACCAGAUCUUCAAAGAGGUGGACUACUGGACCAAGAUGGCCAUCACCACCUUGCAAGCCCUGCCCUCAGUGAUAGCCAAGGAGCGAGUGAGGACCACGCGAGCGAGGACAACGAGAAGUGCCCGGAGAUGAGAGAAGUGUGUGUGUGUGUGUGUGUGUAGGGGGGUGAAGAUGAAUUAAUGAAAGAGAAAAGCGGACAGAAAGAGGUGGGUGAAGGGAUGAAAGGGAUAAGAAGAUGAUGUGUUCAGACGGGGGUCAAUGUGAGAAACUGACACGUAUGAAGAGAAAAAGGAGAUGAGUGAAAAUGGCCACCUGAGAGAGAGAGAGAGAGAGAGCCCUACUGACACAGGGAAAUGAGAGGGUUGGGUUAUUUUUAGGGCAUGAAGCCCCCUUCACUGAACAUAGGCCUUAGACAGAGCAAGAGACAAUAACCGUGUUUAUCACAGCUAAUAACAACGUGUGGAACAAGAUUAUUUCAAGUGUGGCAGAGUCUAAUAUUUAUUGUUUACCAUCUUAGAUCAAAUCUAACAAUACAUCUAGAGUUAAGAUACUGAGUUUCUUUCUUUCUUUCACAUUUUGGCAUUGAGGAAACAUAACAUUGAUUAACACUUUUGCUACUUUUUUUUGUACCUGCUAACAUCAAACUCACAUUUAUGGUGUUCCCUACGCAUUCACUCCGUUGAUACAGCUGAAGUUAUUAUUUAAGAUAUACUGCCAAGAUCCACUGCAGCUGAUGCAGGAAACAGUCAGCGAGGGGCACAUUCUGAUAAAAAUUAGGCUAUUUGAAUUCAUGCCAUCACCAGACUGUACCUCUGGUAUGUGUAGUUUUGAAUACUGUAGCUAUAAAUCAUUCCACACAGAUUAUCAUCUGGGGAUGUGCAGUCAUUGAAUGAAAAAAUAUCUGUGUAACGCCACCCUCUAGUGUUUACAUGGCGCUAUUACAUAGAUUCAUUACUUCUUUCUUUCUUGAUUGUCCUCAGUAAUGCUGUGUUUUUAUAGUUUUGUUGUGUUUCUAGGGCACUUUAUAAGCAAUGAAAUCAUGUAAAACCAUGUUGCAGGGUUAAGAAAGCAACAAGUGUGAGCAUGCAAAUGAGCAGAAGCAGAGAAAAAAACCUAAUCGAUGAAAGAAAAUCUUAAUCUUAAUAGUCUAAUUCCAUUAAUUUGUGAAACAGAUUUGAACUGUUUAAAAAAAAUAUUAAACUACAAUUCUACUUCAGUUCACAUAGUGAAAUUGAAAUGUGACAAAUGUCACUACACUUAUUGAUAAAGUUUUAAAGAUUUUUAUCAUUUAUUUUAUUUUAUCAUCAGGUCGUGCUAAAAAUCCCAGCAAGAGGGACGCAAAAAUCAUGUUCUGUGUCACAAUUGUGACCAUUGUGAACAAAGUUAUACAAGUAUAUGAACAAAAGUUUUAAGGCACAUAUCCCAUUUUAUCUGGGUUUGAAUUUAGUCACCUGAAAUUAAGGAUUUUUGUCUGUCAAGUGGUUCAUUAUCUAUCCAGUUGCAGCUUGCACUGCAAUAUUCAACAUAUAGUGAAAUAAGUUAACUUGUAGUAGAUUAAAUUGUGAUCAUGUAACAGAAAAUGAAUCAAAAAUGGCCUUUAACAUGUAACUCUGUCAGUCUAAACUGGGCUGUGUUGCUAAUUAGACUGGCAUCAUCCACAGACUCAGAUUGUCUUUAAUGAUGCAAAGAGCUUCAGGGUGAGAAGAAGAGAAGAUACUGUAAAUGGAAUUGAAUCCUACACAUAUUGCACAUAUAUUGCCUAAGUAACCAAAAAGAGCUUUUUGAGGAAAAAACCAAGCAAACCUUUGCAGUGUUUCUAUUUUUCAUUUUACUGAUUAGCUUAGGUCACGUUGUUUUAUUCGAGGGCUUCAGAUUUUGCUCAGUUCAUAUUUGCCUUGUCACUUGCUGUAUUUAGUAGGUUGAUAAACUGUUGGCAGGUGCACUGGGAGUAUAAACUGUGGGAGAUAUGAGUGAUACAGGGUACUCCAAACUGUUUUCAGGCUUCUGAAAACUGAAUGUUGUUACUGGAGGGAAACAUAAAUGCAUUUGGUCGUUUGAUCAGCUAUGAUUAAUUUCAAAGAUGAUUUGUAAGCCCUAAGAAACUAAGAGCUACUGUACGUGUGCAAACAUUCAUUCACUCUUUCUGUUAUGCACUAAAUGAAGAAUGAAAAUACACCAUACAGCACAAAUGCAUCUGAAAUAUCGGAUAAUGCUUUGGAGUGCAACACUUUUAAUGUGAUAUACUGUAAAAGCAAUAUAACACAUUACAUAUUAUGUAUUGCCUUUCUCUGUUCGGUAUAUGGAUUGAGGAUGUAUUAUCUUUCCUCUUGCUCUUCUUCACCUACUCUGACGAUGAGCUAUCUGCUGGACUACACAGCACAUUAAUCUUUUCUUGUUCUCUGUUUUGAGUUGGUUUAUUUGCUGGUCUGGUUGGCCACAGACCAGGAAUUGGUUAAAGACUAGAGAAGUUUGACCAGAAAUAACACUGGCUUAAAAAAAAAAAGGGAUGUUGCUACAGGUGCUAUGGGAGUAGGUAUGAACCAGGAAGUCCAGUUUGAAAAAACUCAUCCAGGAGUUUAAAGGCUAUCAGACACAAAUAUAUUACGUAUUAAUAACAUGUGGUAACAUGUUACUGUGGAAAGUUAUGAUGGUGGCAAUUAUUUUAUUUUCCGUUUCAACAAAUGAGGUAUAUAGUAGGGUUAGGCUGUUACAAAGUACUCCACCAGUACUGGGGCUACUGGAGUGAAUAAGGCUGCAUAUCUUUGACGCAGUGCUAUUGUUGGUCUGAAUGCAGCCUCACAGCCUGCACAUUAGCUUUAUGGGACAACUGAGUGGUUACAGGUUCCAGUGGCUUCAUAUUAGAGCCCUCCGUUCUUCUGCUUGUGUCACAUCUGUCAGUCAUGGACUGACCUACACAAGACUCAUACAGCCAUUUUUAGUCUGUCCUCUUCCUGCAGUUUGCAGGAAGGGCAGCACUGUGGUUACAUUCCUGGCAAACAAAAUGUUAUGCUAGUGUAUGUAUGCUAUUGAUUGAUUAUUUUCCCAACACAUUUUUGUUACACUUUUGCCGCAUGUGUCUUUUUUACAAGUGUAAUCUGUUACACCACUAGGGGCCCUCUCUUUUGACCUCUGUUGCAGAGAGUGCUAGCUGUAGACAAAUGGCUCAAAGCACAAAGAGAGGAUUAUGUUACCAUCGCAUCUGUCUAUAAGCAGCAAUCAUACUGUAGGAAGCUGCCACACUCAUUAAAGUCAUCAGAACAAUGGUGGGAUUUUCACAUUGUAAAAACUUAGCUUUAUCAUGAAGAAUGUAUGAUCAACCUCCUUUAUCUUUGAUCAACCAAAUGUUUGGAUAUACUUAUGAAUUGCCAUUGUUGUUUAUCUUUGGAGUUUAUGGUCAAGAAGCAAUAAUCCCCGGCCUUCAAAUAUGGUUUUAUCUGUGUAAUGAUAGUCUUGCUGGAUACACUUUUGAUCCUCGAUAAAAUGUUAACACAAGAGUCCAGACACCGAAGCUGGAUUUCAUCUUCGGGCUCAUCUUGCUUCACUGUAGUCCAAAAGCUUCCUCAGUUAAAUCUGUAUUUUGGAAUGAAAACCAUCUUCUCUUGAGCUUUUUGAGGAAAGCCCCUUCCAGACAUAGGAUCUGUAACAUUGGUGGGUUCAUCUUUGUGUUAAAGUACCAGCUCUCUGACUUUCAAACAUACAGUAGCCCUCUGUUAUGGUUUAACGUUGACUAUGUUCACACAUGACAGGAUGUAUAUAGAUAGAGCAAUGCUCGCGGGAUACUAGGCAAUGUAGUAGGGAGAAUAUUUUCAUGAUAUUUAUUACCAGAGCCCAAGUUGACAAAUUUCAAUUGCUUGAACGAAUGAUACAAAAUGUAAAGAUAGAGCAAUGGAGAUAGAUGCAAAGAUAUUGAGUUUACUAUUAUUCAAGACAAAAAAAUACAAUAAAUAUUCAUAUUUUAGAAGUUACAUUUUGAAAAAUGACAUAAACAAACACAAAUAUUGAUCAUAAAAAGGAAUUAAGUUGUCAAUUAAUUUUCUGCAGAUCUUUUAAUCAACUAAUUGUUUCAGCUCUGCAGUUGUAAGUUAUGGAUAUUGUGUGAGAGAAAGUUUACUGCAACAUAAAUAGAGGCGGUCCUCUAACAUCAGCAAUGACCUGCCAAUUGGACAAAAGUAGCAUGAAGUCUUUCCACUGAGUCAAAUCCGCUGCUUCAAAAUGUCCUCAAUCAAUGUCCUGAUCAACUCUAAGCUUCGUUCCCACUCUCUUGUGAUUGGUUUGCACAGUAUGCUCAAAAUUCUAAUGUAGGAACGCUGUUAUCUUGACUUUGCCUUUACUGGAAAUGUAACUGCUUUUAUUCAAACUUGAGCCAUGUAGAAGAAAAUGUUCCAGAAAUGUUGUCUUGUAAAGGAUUCAGUCCCUUUUCAAACAUUAGUGAAGAAUUGACACAUUAGACUGUCUAGAAAUGUCUAGAAGGACGACGUAAGCAUAGAGCAGUAGAAGAGCACUCCCCUCAGUUUCAUUUUGAAUGAUAUAUUGAAUAUGAUACAGGACCAAUACGGUGACCAGGAAACACAUUUGUUAGUCGAUUUUCUUUCUUUCUUUUUUUUUCCCUUUGAGGACAAAAAACUGGUUUAACUCACAAAAAAUAUGAAAUGUAUUCUGGGUCAUGCAGAGAGCAUCGGUUGAUGCAUUGUGAAUAUGAAAUCAGAGUAAUGUACAGUCUUUUAUGUUUGUCUGAAACUUUGGUAUGGUGUAAAAACUUAUUUAUUAUUGACUGGAUUUCCAAGGGUGUGUGAGUGGGUUGAAAUAAAUUGAUCUUGGCUAUAA